UACACUGCACCUCCGUCCAGUGGGAUGAGACCAGUGUGUCGGACUGGGAUGAGCCUUUAAGUGGCGAACUUUGUCUUUUUCCCUCAUUCUUUUUUGUUUGUUUUGGAGGUGGGGACCUGUUAGGACGAGCGCGUUGGCUGCCCAGGAGCGCGCAGAUUGGCACACGCUGGAACAAAAACAGCUCAGUGCAGCGAGUGCAGCGCAGGCAGGUCUCCGUUUUAAAAGCAGCAGGAGAGGCAGGAGAGUUAACGGAGUCCACGGGGAAGCGGUGUCGGUGCAUUAGGAAAGCCGGACACCUCUCUUAGAAACGACCAGGAAAUUGAGAAGAAAAAUCAGCGGCGGAACUUGGGAUAUGGCGGGUGUGAAGAUGGUCGACCUUCUCGUUGGAGUUGUUUUAGUUUUGCAGUGUGUGUGGAAUGUCCAAGCCGAGAUCACAGCCGGGAACGGGGUCUCUUACUCAUAUAUGGAGGGGCAGGCGGGAGAUGAGGAUGCAGCAGCGGACGUGAAGCUCUACAGUCACCGGUGGAGGAGAUGGGUUCCCCCAAAACCUCGUAACAUGGACAGUAACAGGGCCAGUCAGGAGCAGGACCAAGAGCCUGACCAGGAAGAGCCUGAAGGGUUCCCAGGCCUGCUCUCAGCAGAGGAAACAGACAACAGCUCCCAGAUAGAGGAGGAUACAGAUCACAACUACUACACAUCAAAAACAUACGGGCCGUCAGAUCAAAUGAGCAAGGACUUGUGGGUAAAUAUUGACCAGAUGGACAAGGAAAAAGUGAAGAUCCACGGCAUUCUGUCCAACACGCACAGACAAGCGGCGAGAGUUAAUCUGUCCUUCGAUUUCCCUUUUUAUGGGCAUUUCCUGCGUGAAAUCACCGUGGCGACUGGUGGGUUCAUUUAUACGGGUGAUGUGGUCCAUCGGAUGUUAACAGCUACACAGUACAUCGCUCCCUUAAUGGCCAACUUUGACCCAAGUGUCUCCAGAAACUCAACUGUCAUCUACUUUGACAAUGGUACUGCUCUGGUGGUGCAGUGGGACCACGUCCACCUACAGGACAACUACAACCUGGGAAGUUUCACCUUCCAGGCCACGCUGCACAACACCGGCAGGAUCAUCUUCGCAUACAAAGAGAUCCCCAUUGAAGUGUCACAGAUCAGCUCUGUCAAUCACCCGGUUAAGGUGGGCCUGUCUGAUGCCUUUGUGGUGGUCCACAAGAUCCAACAGAUACCCAACGUCAGGCGGAGGACAAUCUAUGAGUACCACCGUGUGGAGCUGACAAAGACAAAGAUCACCAAUUCUACAGCUGUGGAAAUGAUGCCUUUACCCACCUGCCUCCAGUUCACCAGCUGUAGCGCCUGCAUUUCCUCACAGAUCAACUUCAACUGUAGCUGGUGUCAUCGCCUCAACAGAUGUUCCAGUGGCUUUGACCGUCAUCGGCAGGAUUGGGUGGACAACAGCUGCCCAGAUGAGACCAAGGACAAGAUGUGCGACAUCAUUGACACCACAUACCUCUACCCCUUCACCACCACUAUUGUCGCCAAAACCACAUCCAGGAGCAAAGAGGCCACUGCAGGCAGGGACACACCCUCCACCUCCCACCCUCCCACCAGCGUCCCAACUGAAGAUGAUACAAAGAUCGCUCUGCAUCUCAGAGACAACCAGGCAGAAAGUGCUGUAGACAGGAUGCCAGGUACACACCAUCUACACACUGGUCUGAUCCUCGGUAUCCUGCUGGUGAUGCUCAUCAUGGUUGCUGGUGUGCUGGUCACCGUCUAUAUCUACCAUCACCCCACCUCUGCUGCCAGCCUCUUCCUUAUCGAGAGACGCCCGAGCAGGUGGCCAGCAAUGAAGUUCCGCCGGGGUUCUGGUCACCCAGCCUACGCGGAGGUGGUGCCGGUGGGACAGGAGAAGGAGGGCUUCAUCGAGUCUGAGCAGUGCUGAGGGAGGAGGGGGUGUCCGCAUCCCUGCAGCCCCCCUCCUGUGCCAGCCCUCCUCCCUUCUGCUCCACAGGGACUUCUCACCAGGAACCUCCAGGAUCUGCUUAUAAUUGGAGGAGCUCAGUGUACACAAUGACUCGUUAAGACUGCCGUACCGGCCCAUUGAGUGCCAAAUGAGACUGGAUACAGCAGCCAGCAAUGUGGGGAAAUGAGAAAACCCUGAAAACUGAUCCCAGACAGACGCAUUGUUCAGCUCCUGUAGGAAAGGAACUGACCUGUUGGGGACAGAAAGAGGGAACAGCAAUGACGUCAUCGACUCAGUCAGCAUCGGUUAAGAGUUAGUACGGCUACUGUCAUGUUGCCAUGGAGGGAUUGUACAGCCUUACUGUUUAGACUGCUACUGGUGUGUCUGGGGGGGGGAGCAGGGUGAAUUAUACAAUAUAUAUUUUCAGAAACCAUACAGACUAUGUGAACAGAGAUUUCCAUUUUAUUGUCGGUGGGGUUAUACAGUAUAGGCCUUUGUAUAUCCAUCAGGUUUUUACUUCUUUUCAUUUUUCUUUCAGUUUGUUGUUUUAACAGGGUUUGGCACAUGUAUCUGUAUAGACCGUCGGUAUUGCUUUUCAAUACAAUAGCAGGCUUAAUUGACUUUUCCACAGUCCGCUCCGCACAGAGAGGCUGCGGCUGUGCGAUAUGACGUGAGCUGAACCCCUGUCACUGCAAUCGAUCACACCUCGGAGUAAAGCUCUGAACAUUUGGCAUUGUGUUGGAUUAGUUUGUGAUGUUUGGCAGGUUUCACUUUCUGAAAAUGAAGUGUAAGAUGUUUUUUGUUCAGUGAGGAUAUAUCAGUGGGUUUUUUUUUGUUUUUUUGAGUGGGUGAUGGGCACACUAUCCUUCUCUCUAUCUUGAUUGGUUAUUUGAUUGAUUCCUUACAUCAAUGACAGCAUUUUAUUUGUUUUUUAUUUUUGCAAUUUUUUUCAAUACUGCCGUGCCAUUUUGUCCCUGACUAGGGUUUGCACAUUUUUUUUCCAUGCACAUUUUUUUUUUCUCAUUUGACAUGUGGUACUAAUGCAAAAUUGCAAGACAGGCGCUUGUGAGUGUGAAUAUAUUUUCUAAAGUGUAAGUGAUUCCUCUGUGUUAAAAUGUUUGUGUGAAUGCAAAAGAGAGCAUUUUACAGUAGUGACUGGAUAUCCACCUGCUUUAUGGGUGCAUAUGUUUGAGCUGGCUCUGCAAAGUUGAUUCUUAUUGAUUUGAAUCUGAGGUAUCCGGAUACAGUUGGUGUGAGCCAGAAAACACACUGGUCUGGUUGGAGUUUUUCUUGAUUUUACAGUGUGGUUUCCUUUUGCAGUAUGUUGUCAGCAUAACCAGUUCUGUGUCCAUGUUUAACAAUUAUGAUCGACUCAUCCGUAUCAACACAUUAAUGUAUAUACCAAGGCCAAAACAUUUGCAGAUUCAGGUAACUCAUGGCAAACAUUUGUAGUAUAGCAGUAAUAGUACUGAUAAAAACUUUAUUUUUUA